CUCAUUUUCUCAUCUCUCUCGUUUCUGAACUCUCUUCUCUCUGAAACUCCAACAACAACAGAAAAGCGAAUCAAACCCUAAACUAGUUCCAACCAUCUCUCUAAUUGCCUCUCCGGUCCCUCCUAUCUCUCGCGACGAUGAACAAUCACGGCGCGAAAGAGCGACAGGGGGAGUUGUCGCAGCGGCGGAGGUAAGACGACGCAGCGCGGCCGAGGGCUGCGAGGAGACGUUCUGGACCCCUCUUCCCUGAGGCAGGGGAGCGGCUGCCGGUCAAAUCCAGAAUACUGCCAGCAGCGAGAACUAUGAUGACAGGGUUUUUGUUCUUCGCUGUUUGUUUGUUCAGAGAAGGAAAGGUGGGGAAGAAGAAAGAAGAACAGAAGUCCUCUCCCGUCAGAGGGGGAAAGGAAGUCUGGUUUUUGCAGAGUUUUCUUUCUGUUUCUAGACAAGAAAAGAGGAGGAAGAAGUGGAGAGGGCAACGCCCUCUGUUCUUCAUUUAUGGUCGUGUGUUUAGUGGAGGAAGGGAGUGUCACUAGGAGGAAGAAGAAGUGGAAGAAGAAGAAAAGCCCCCUCCGAAAGGAAGUGUCUGCGUUGUUUUUAUAGGAAAAAGCAGAUUGUUCCCCAAGUUUGCAAUAGGGUCGGUUUUUGGUCUGACCGGUAUGGGUUUGGUCAGACCUGAUCUCUGACCGGUUUGACUUUAUUGAGGGUUGACUUGGCCUUGGGCUUGUUGGGCUGUUUCAAGAUUUAAUUGGGUCUAUUUAUUUAUUUUUCUUUGUACAUUGUAAUUGCUAUUCAUUGUUUGAUCAUAAUUGUACUUUUAUUUUAUAAUUGUAAAAAUAAUAUGCGAUUACUAUUGUUUAGCAUUGUACUUGUAUUUGUAAUUUAUUUACUUUAAUAAAAAUAUUAUCUUAUUCUUUAUUUUGAAA